GGGGAAGAUGGGGGCGGGGGUCACAGCAGAUCCAUGCUCCCGCUGCCUGGGUGCUCCCCUGCUCCCGUCCCGCAGCCAGUCUGCUUGCACCAGGGGGGCUGGGAGUCAGGACUCCUGGGUUCUAUUCCCCACUCUGGGAGGGGAUGGGGGGCUGGGAGUCAGGACUCCUGGGUUCUAUUCCCCGCUCUGGGAGGGGAGUGGGGGCUGCGAAUCAGGACUCCUGGGUUCUAUUCCCCGCUCUGGGAGGGGAGUGGGGGCUGAGAAUCAGGACUCCUGGGUUCUAUUCCCCGCUCUGGGAGGGGAGUGGGGGUCUGGGAAUCAGGACUCCUGGGUUCUAUUCCCCGCUCUGGGAGGGGAGUGGGGGCUGGGAAUCAGGACUCCUGGGUUCUAUUCCCUGCUCUGGGAGGGGAGUGGGGGUCUGGGAAUCAGGACUCCUGGGUUCUAUUCCCUGCUCUGGGAGGGGAGUGGGGGCUGGGAAUCAGGACUCCUGGGUUCUAUUCCCCGCUCUGGGAGGGGAGUGGGGGUCUGGGAAUCAAGACUCCUGCGUUCUAUUCCCUGCUCUGGGAGGGGAGUGGGGGCUGGGAAUCAGGACUCCUGGGUUCUAUUCCCUGCUCUGGGAGGGGAUUGGGGGCUGGGAGUCAGGACUCCUGGAUUCUAUUCCCUGCUCUGGGAGGGGAGUGGGGGCUGGGAAUCAGGACUCCUGGGUUCUAUUCCCCGCUCUGAGAGGGGAGUGGGGGCUGGGAAUCAGGACUCCUGGGUUCUAUUCCCUGCUCUGGGAGGGGAUUGGGGGCUGGGAAUCAGGACUCCUGGGUUCUAUUCCCUGCUCUGGGAGGGGAGUGGGGGCUGGGAAUCAGGACUCCUGGGUUCUAUUCCCUGCUCUGGGAGGGGAGUGGGGGUCUGGGAGUCAGGACUCCUGGGUUUUAUCCCAGCUUUGCUGUUGACUUACACCCUUGGCUGAGUCUCGGCCAGGACUGCAGGGUGGCUGGGGCAGGGUGCAGUGGGCUAGCAGGGAGUUGAUGGACAGCUCCCUAGCAGGGGUGCUCAGAGCCCUGUGGGAUAGACCAGAGAGGACAACCUUGCCCCAGUGCUCCCCCCCCUUACCUGCAGGUUGUGAUCGUGGCCGCACAGGUAGGCGGUGGCCUCGUAUUUGAGCAGCAGCGGCUGCAGGUGCUUGACCAGGCAAUGCGUGGGGCCGUGCUCGGCCAC